AGAGACAAUACACCUGACAUUGUACAAGAUAUCUUUGAGAAAUCAGCUUGUAAAAACAGAAGAAAUGGGUGUCUUUAAAAACUUUAUAUAUACAUGCAUAAUAUGUGUGGUGUUCAUGAGCAAGAAUGUGCAUAGUGAAACAGAUAACAAGACUACUAACAAUAAACCAGUCCUCAAGCAAGAAGUUGUCUCAAUUUAUAAUGAAAACUUCACUGACAUUCCGAAGGACAGGGAGCCAUAUUAUGUUAAAGUUCAACGAUGUGUCAUCAAAAAAGAAAAAAUUCCUGCAUGUUCAUAUUGUUGGCCCCAACCUAUGACAUUGACAGAAGUCGAGAUUGUCGUUCCUGAUUUAAAAUACUACACAAAAUUUUAUAAAUAUAUUGUAUAUAAUCACACUUCUUGUUACUGGAAUGACACCUUAACAGGUUUGAACUUUAAUCUACACAAGACUCUAUCUUCAAACGAAAUUAACGAAACAGAAUUUACAACAAAAGUAAACUACAAUCCACCAAACGUGAGAACAUGUAAUGACUAUUGCAAGCAUCCACAACCUCGUUUUCAUCUGCACAGUGAAUAUACAAAGAAAUGUGAAUAUAAAAAUGUUGAUUUAAAUUAUCUCUUUAUCCCAUUCACUCUAUGCUUGCCUGGUUGCAAAGCAACAGAGAAACCGAAGAUUGUCACAACAGAACUCUUAGAUGGUUCAAAGCCGAUUGAAGUCAUUAAAGAACAUAAAUCUUGCAAUCUCUGGAACAAAGAAGUCCAGAAGAGUACAUCUUAUCGUAGCAGACCCAGUGAUCCAGAAAGUCGACCCCUCGUGCUAAAUAACGGAUUAUUUGUCUACAUCACAUCACCCAGAAUGAUGUUAGUUGCCUUCAUUCUCUCGACUGUCCUCAUCUCAAUACUCAUUCUGGACUGUAAUCUGUGUCAUUGCAAGAAAGGAAUGAUGUAUUCUAUAAAAAGUUGUGGAAAGAAUGAAGAGUGUGAAGACUGCGUAAGAAGACAGCAAACUAUGAUAGAAAUGGUUUAAGAAUAAUUAGUUUUUGUGUCACAUUUCUGCUAAAAAGGAAGACAUGAAUGAAUAAAGCAUCUGAAACCAGGCCCAUCGGAAGCUGUGGGGAUUGGGCAGGCUGCAACCCCCUUUCAGUAAUUUCCAAAAUUGUUGUGAAAAUUUAACAAGCCCAGCUUUUCCCCGAAUCUUCUAGGAGAAAGUCACAUACCGUAGAGUCUCGAAAUAAUAAGCUGCCCGGGCUAUUUUAAUUUUAAAAAGGUGGCUAAUUUAAUGAUGCGGUUACUUUCAGUGGAAGGAUAUUUCGAGACUCUAAGAUAUUUGAAUUUUCAGA